GGUGCUGAAACUGUCAAAAGAUUGCUGGACAUGGCCAUAGAUGCUGUGCCACCUCAUCUCUGGAAGAAGACCCCAGUAGUGUUAAAAGCCACAGCUGGACUGCGCUUGUUGUCAGAGGAGAAAGCUCAGGCUCUGCUUUUAGAGGUGAGAAAAGUCUUUGAGGAAUCACCAUUUCUUGUUCCAGAGGACAGUGUUAGCAUCAUGGAUGGGUCUUCUGAAGGAAUUUUAGCCUGGAUCACUGUGAACUUUUUGACAGGGCAGUUGUCUGGCCAGAACCGGCAUACUGUUGGGACUCUGGACUUGGGAGGAGCCUCAACCCAAAUCACAUUCCUGCCACGGUUUGAGGAAACUUUGACAGAAACCCCUGGGGAUUUUCUUACUUCAUUUGAAAUGUUUAACAGCACCUACAAGCUCUAUACCCACAGCUAUUUGGGGUUUGGACUAAAAGCUGCCAGACUAGCAACGCUUGGAGCUUUGAACGUGGAAGCUGUGGAUGGACAAAUGUUCCGCAGUUCUUGUUUGCCAAAGCAGCUGGAAGCAGAGUGGGACUUUGGAGGAGUGAAAUACCGGUAUGGUGGCAACAAAGAAGGAGAAACAGGAUUCGAGCCUUGCUACUUGGAAGUACUCAAGGUUGUCAAAGGGAAACUGCACCAACCAGACGAGAUCCGUGGAAGUUCCUUCUAUGCUUUCUCCUAUUACUAUGAUCGCGCAGCUGACACCAACCUAAUUGAUUAUGAACAGGGAGGUGUUCUGGAAGUGAGAGAUUUUGAAAGAAAAGCCAAAGAAGUCUGUGAUAAUAUGGAAAGGUACAACUCAGCCAGUCCUUUCCUCUGCAUGGAUCUCACUUACAUCACUGCUUUACUAAAGGAAGGUUUUGGAUUUGGGGACAACACGCUCUUAAAGUUAACAAAGAAAGUGAACAACAUAGAGACAAGCUGGACUUUGGGUGCUACUUUUUACCUACUGCAGUCUCUGGGGAUAACCUAUUGA